AGGAUUGUAGGCGAAGCGAGCGAUAAAUCGAAUCGAUACCGCGAUGUAUCGGACAAUGAUAUUUUCUUUGGCAGAAAUCUCUGCUGGAGACUGCAAGACAUAUAGAAUUUGCAACGAUUCUCGCGCUGCAGUUUGCUCGAUAUAAAAAUAAAUUUGUUUCCCUCCGGCUCUCUCGCUCUCUCUUUCUCGCUUUUCUUCUCUUUUUAUAUCAAUGAAUCGGUCCGUAACCGUUGGCUCUAGAGAGUCGCGGUGGCGGUGGCGAUGAGAUGAUGACGACUCCUGGUCCACUGCCUGCUCUCGCGUUGAAACGGUCAGUGUGUGCCAGGGAGUAUUUUGCAAGAUGCGAGAUUCGCUUCUCGUAACGAGGGAGCCCUCGUCGUGGAUUUAGGCGGACCACCUUCGGCAAAGCGUUUAGGCCGAGGUGUCGCGCAUUACGUAAAGCUAGAGGAAAAAUAAAUCGUGAGGAAAGGAGGAAAACAAAGUGUGGGCGAAGAAGGGACACGAUUGACCCUCUCUCUUUCUGUGUGUGUGUGCGUACGUCGCGAUGAGGAGAUCGUCGUUUGAUAAACAGGCUAACGCCAAGCUCAACAUUCUGAGCAACACGUCGUACGGGUGCACCAAGAAUGCCGAGUACAAGUCUAGCGUGAGGUACAGCGAAGCUUCCGUACAGGAGAAGAAUUGUUUGCAACGUAGCGUAUCCGCGGACAAUGUUAUAAUUCGUUCGCGCGGUUACAAGCCAUCCGACAGACACGAUCCAGUCAAAAGGAACUUCCUCGAGAAUCUCACUUCAAAAAUAUUGCACUUCGGCAUGGAAGGGGGCGAGACUAUCCCGAAACUUAACUUGCAAAAGUUACUUACUCCGGCAUCGGACUCUAAUGAGAUACUGCAAUCAAAAAACAAGAAAAUGUUUGCGUCCUCGUACUUUUACGCACCGACACAUCCUACAGUCGAGGAUCAGGUUGAACUUGCACGUCGGAUUUCGCAUUCGCUUAGCGACGUGAAAAACGUCAAGAGUAAAGGGCAGUCGAUGUACGUGAAUAGAAAAAAGCGAUCUGUUAAAUGGAUCCACGACGGAAAUGGUGUCGAGGACGAAGAGGAAUCGAUCACAACUAUUCAUAAGGACAAACUACCCCUUAAAUGUGUGAUGAAUCCAUGCGGAAAAGUGUUGGACAUUCAGGGUAUUCAGGCCUUAGGCGAAGAGGUCAAUAUCGCGCCGGUACCAAAAAAUCCUGAGAAACUUUUCGACAUUGUUCGCGAUUUGAAUAAUCAAAGAGGACGUGGUGCUGAAAUAUUUGCGAAACGCAGAAAAAGAUCAGAAAAGUGGGUAGUGGACCAAGAACAACCACAGACACCCAAUACUCCUGCCACACCAAAAACGCCAACGUAUCCGGAAAAAGCGGAAAUUAACGGUAAUGCGAAAGUCGCAACGUUGUCAUCGUUGACACCUUAUACGCCGAUCUCAAGCACUGAUAAACAAUUUUAUAAUCCCUUUACAGUGGACAUUUCCGUCGAGAGUGCGAAUAUGCCAAUAACAGACAGGCAUCGAUCUUGCUGCAAUACUAAUCGAUGCGGUCACUCGAGCGAGGUGAAAAAGAUUUAUCUGCGAGAAAUUGCGGUCGGCACAGACUCCGAUUUUCCUCUGGACCAAUCUCGAUCAUCCAUCGUCGAGAAAUCUAAUCGUAUCGCUUACGAAUCCAUUAACGAUCGGCGCGCUAACAUCGCCAAUUAUCGCGCUGUCGCCAAUAACAAUAACAGAUACAUUAACAAUCAUUAUCCGUCACCGAGGAAAUCCAACUUUUGCAACGCGCAGAGCUAUGAUAAUCAAGACGCGGGAAUUCAGCAACGUUUCGACAAUAAGAUCGGAAAUAAGCAACAGGGCCAGAUGCAGAAUGAUAACGAAGAAAAGGAGUACACUCCUGUACCAGUGAAGCAACUGAUACAAGAAUUCGAGAAGACCUGCAGACCAAUUCUGCAGUAUAAGCAGAUCAGUCCGAAGAUCAUUCCAAUCGUACAACAGUGUCCCUUGGAUAACGACAUAGCGCGUUUCUUCGAGACGAGAAAUCCUGCCAAGUAUGAUAACGGAGAGGAGGAAUACGCACGCGCACGCGAAAACUACGAAGGAUCCACCCAACUGCAGUCCCGAUAUAACAGCCGAUUAUACGACACACGUGGAAACUACGAAAGGAAGCUGCAGCCCCAAUGCAACGGACAAUUUUACAAUACACGGGAGAAAUACGAGGGAUCAUCGGCGAAGCUGCAGGCCCGAUGCAACGGCUACGUUUCCACCGACGAGAGCGAAUACACGACGGACGACACCGGUGAUUCCGAGGAAGAAAUUGACGGGUAUCCGAACGUGGCCGGGUCUAUAGAUUGCGGCAAUUCCGCUCUGUUAAAUCGCUGCAACAGCAGCGAGUACUCGUUCGCGUUCGAGGACGAAUAUUCGGAUACUCGGCGUCAUUCGAUCGCCUCGCAGGAAUUGGAAGGGCUCUAUGCGAACGGCAUCGAUUCGAGAUUCGUUAACACCGAGACUGAGAUGCCGGCCGAAGCGAAGUCGCUGAUGCUCUCGAUGGUCGCUUCGCAGGAAGAUAUACUCGAGACCAAGAAGCACCUGCGUAGCACGCCAGUUUUGGAUAAUCUCUUAGGCACCGCUACGCCAGAGUGCAAACUCAGUGACGUUAACCCGGAAUUAGGAAACAAGUUGUACGAGAAUAAUAAUUACACUGGACCGAAAUUGGCCAGCCUCCAUAAUUUGACUAAUUAUAAUACGGCACCGCGUGGAUGGAAUCAAUCACUUACAUUCUAUCGACCUAUUAAAUUCGAGAAACCACAGGAGAUUAUGUACUCUGAUUUUUAGGAGUAUCAUUUUAAAUCUUAUUAUUAGAAUCCUUUUACACAAGCAGAAUUGAAAAAUCAAUCGCAAGUCUAAUUCUUCCAAGGCAUCAAAAAUUAUCGGAAUGUGUUUUUGCACUGUGGAAUUCAUUCACCAUCAGCGCCAUAACUUAAAUCUGCUCCGAUCACUCAAAUAAUACUUCAUAAAUAUAGCGACAUUACUGAUUACGUGAUUAACGGCGCUGACAUACUCACGAUAUGUUUGGAAUUUCGUUUUGUUUGAUAUACCUCUACCUCUUCUACCCCCUAUUAAGAUAUUUAGCGUUGUUCAUGUUUUGACAGUGUUACAUUUUAUUGCAUUUUACUUUAUUAUAUUAUGCAAAUAAAUAUAUGUUGUUUUCCUAA